AUGACAAUCCAAGUCCAUAGCGGGUUUGCAAAAGAUGCGAUUCUGUUCAACCUGAAACAGAACAACGAAGUAAAAGAAAGCGCCGCACUUAGACACGACAUCGUGCUUCCAAAUAAAAUAUGCGUGGAUGUUGUCGACGCAAAUAUGGUCGAAUCAGAUAGGGACUACAACUUGUUGCUUCAGAGACGACAACACCAAACAGACGAUGAGACUGUUUAUGUCUUUGUGAUGUGCAGAAGUGCAACGAAGUUGGUGAGGCAACUGUGCAUGAAUCUUAGACCAACACAAACCUUUGUCGUUGUCCCGGUUGUUGAUGACGACAACGUUGUCGCGACAUGCAUAAACUCGCUUUUAAAAGCAAAACCUCAACAAAAAGUUGAACUUCCAAUUGUUGUAGAUGCUACAAGAAUUCUGCUACAACUGUCACACGCUGUUGAACUUGACUUGCUUGGUUUUGUGAAGACCAACCACCUUUCAAUUGCCGAUCUUUUCGACAAAAAAGUUUUAGAAAAAUGUGGAAUGUGUGCAGAGGACAUCGAUUCGUUGACAAAAGUUUUGUCAACAGAUCGUUUUUUGUUAUAA